CAUCAUUAAAUCAGAUGUUUUCAUCAAUUACUCAAUACUUGAGUUUUCUGCCUAGUUACAGAAACUUUUUUCACUCUUACUACAGUCAUUACUUUUACUUGAGUAAGAUAAAUUUAAGUAUUUUUACUUGAGGGCAUUAUUUUGUUACUCUGUCCAUCUUUGUCUAAUAUAAAAGGAACAGGAAACAGACAUGCAACAGUUUCUAAAAUACAUGUUUCACAAAAACACUAACAUUGACAGGGCAGCAGACCUUAAAUGAGCAACAACCAAAAUAACUCUUCUUCUACUGUUGAGGGCAAUUUCCAUUUCCUCCGUGAUUCGCAGAAAGAUGAUCUGUUUCUAAACUUAGCUAGAUUGUCUCACACUAACUCAACUACAGACUUUUUCAGCACAUCGUUUUGUGAAGAUCGCCGAUAUGUGAGCGUUUCUUAAAAGCAAAAGUAAGUGUCUGAAAAUUUAUAUUUUAAUGCAAAAAGCUUCUAAAUAUGUUGCAAACAUUUGUAUUUUAUACACUCGUCUGGUUACUGACUUUUCAGGGAUGCAGAUAAACUCAUCCAGAGGCCGUUUACAAAACAGAAUUUGAUGAAGAUUACAAAAUGGGACCAGAGGACGUAGCUAGAGCAAAAAGACAUUCAAGAUGUUCCAAAGGCAACGUGAUUUUCCUCUUGAUGUUUCUGAUCUGUUCUGCUGUUCCUGCCAGUGGAUUUUCACUGAAGAGCUGCAGCCUGAGCAAGACUAUAGCUGUAUGUGUGCAGAGGCGACUGACUGCUAUUCCUCAGGAUAUUCCUCCGACCGUUACCGGCUUUGACCUUUCUGUAAACAGGUUGACAAAGAUACGAUCUUCAGAUUUCACACCCUUACCUCUUCUAGUGUACUUGGAACUGAAUCGCAAUAAGAUUUUACAUAUCGAAAGCGCUGCUUUUGCCUCUCUGACUUCCCUCCAAAAGUUAAAUCUUAACAACAAUAAAGUUAUUAAACUAGAGGAAAGAGCUUUUGAUGGGUUGAGCAACCUCACUGAGUUACGAAUUAAUCAUAACCAGAUAAAAAUUGUGUCAUCCACAUCUUUCCAGUCUUUGAGGAAAUUAAAAGUUUUGGAUAUUUCACACAACAAACUGAAACAGACCACAGAUGUUCAACUCAUACUGCAGCAUAUGCCACAGCUACAAGAGUUGGUGCUUAAAGGAAAUAGUUUAAAAGCCUUUCAUUCAUGGGAACUUACCAACAACUCACUCAAUCUUUGCAGACUUGAUUUGACUUUUAAUCCUUUGGAAGACUUUAGGAUCACUGCUGACAUCUUCCAAAAUCUCACCUGUCUGAAGAUCGGCAAUCCUAACGGAAACAAACCAAUGAGGUGGAAUCUGAAAAACCACACUUUCUUGAGCACAGUGUCCAGUCUUGACAUCACUGGGCUGAUUAUGUCUCUUGAUGAUAUGAAAGAAUUAUUUAAAGCUGUAAACUCAUCGCUCAUCUUUCUGCGGAUGAACAGCAUGAAACGAAACCAAAGUCAACUCAUCAACAUUUCCUGCUCCAUCCCAACAAUGUCUAAAUUGCAUUUUCGACGCAAUAAGCUCAAGAUGAUCCAUUCAGAUUUGUUCAAAUCAUGUGUCCAUCUGACUGAGUUAGAUUUAGCAGAUAAUUCUAUAGAAAUUAUCCAAGAAAAUGCCUUCUCAGCGCUAAAAGGUUUAAGGAUUUUGGGUCUGAGUAGAAAUAAACUUUCAUCUGUUCCAAACGCAACGAGGAAUCUACAAAAUCUUUCUGAGCUUGAUCUAGACAGCAACGCGAUCCGCUCAAUCACAUGUCAAGAUUUCUCCAAUAAGACGAUGCUGAAGGAACUAAGCAUGAAGAAUAACUCAAUCCCAGCUCUGAACAAAUGUGCCUUCAAGGAUUUGCUACGACUGCAAGUUCUCAGAUUACAAUCCAACCAGAUAGCACAUUUAAAUGGAUCUUUUGAAAAUAAUCUUCCAAACCUUAAACGUCUGUAUUUGAAUGGAAAUAAACUUACUAAAAUUUUACCAAAGGAAUUUAGGAGCUUGCGGUCUCUCCUUAACUUAUCGUUACAUCAAAAUCAAAUAAAGGACUUUCAUAAAGACAGUUUUGUUGGACUGACAAAUCUCACUGAUGUCUGCUUGCAGACAAACAGUAUCAAAAGAGAGGCCUUAAAGUCAGGUGUUUUCAAUGCUCUGAUUAAUCUAAGAAGAUUGGAUCUAUCUUCUAAUCACAUUAAAUAUUAUGACAGUCACCCUCUGACAUAUCCACCAUUUUCUAAUCUGUCCCGUUUGGAGGAGUUGUCUAUUAUUGGUCAGCACUCUUCUGGAAAGUCCUGUCUGCCUGCAAAUUUCCUGCAAGGUUUAAACAACUUGCUGAGUUUCUAUGCCAAAAGAAUUCAUAUUAUCUACAUUGAUAAAGACACAUUUAAAUACACCCCAAAGCUAGAAACUCUUGAUCUUGGGUCAAAUGAUUUGAGGACUCUGUCUUCAGAACUGUUUGCCCCAAUUCAAAACCUUAAAAACCUCUACAUACACCGAACAGGUCUUCAGUCGUUAGAUUUCUUCAUAGAUGCCAGUCUGACCAAGCUGGAGUUCCUGGAGGGAAGACACAACCAAUACUCAGUCAUCACUGAAGACGUAAUCAAGUCGCUUCCAUCGCUCCUGUGUGUUGACUUUACAUAUAUCAGUUUCUCCUGUGACUGUGACAAUGCCUGGUUCCUUAACUGGACGAUAGCAAAUACACAAACACAGGUUAAUGAUGCGUAUAACUACUCUUGCAACUAUCCAGAUGACUUCAAAGGCAAAAAGCUCUUGGGUUUCGACUUCACAUCCUGCUUACAGGAUAAGGGUUUCAUCUGUUUUGUGUCCACAACAUGCAUGGUUCUCUUUGUCAUGGUUAUGUCCUUCAGCUACCAUUUCAUGAGGUCCCAACUUUACAUUGCCUACUACCUUUUCUGGGCUUGGCUCUUUGACUCAAAGUACAAAAAUAAGCAAGCUCCUCAUCAGUACGACGCCUUUAUCUCCUACAACUCCAGUGAUGAGCCUUGGGUGAUUGGUGAACUGUUACCCAAACUGGAAGGAGAGCAGGGCUGGAGGCUGUGUCUGCACCAUCGAGACUUUGAACCAGGGAAGCCCAUCAUAGACAACAUCACAGAUGCCAUCUAUAGCAGCAGGAAGACGAUCUGUGUGAUCAGCCGCAGAUAUCUCAGGAGCGAGUGGUGCUCCAGGGAGGUCCAGACGGCCAGUUUCCGUCUCUUUGACGAGCAGAAGGAUGUGCUGAUCCUGGUGUUUUUGGAGGACAUUCCCACCUACCUGCUGUCUCCUUUCCACCGAAUGAGGAAGCUGCUGAAGAAGCAGACUUACCUGAGCUGGCCGCGCGCCGCCGGCCACCCAGAGGUAUUCUGGGAAAACCUGAGGAAGGCUCUGCAGACCGGAAACGAUGCAAAUGAGGAGAAAUUACAGCUCACUGUGACAGAAACGUACUGAUGAGAAGGAAGGGAGCAAAUAAUGACUUCCUUCUGAACGAUCUGGGAUUAUUUUCUGCAACGUGUGAACAACAGAGGAUUUAAUUUAUAUCUCUGUCAACUGAAAGAUAUUGUAGUAUGAGUUGAAAAACAUGUUUUUAAAAGUUCAGACAUUGUAGAACAGCUCUGCAAACCUUACUGUCUUUUUCUUUAGCAUGAUUUGAUAAAUAUUGGUUUCUGUACUGUUGAUUUUAAGGUUCUGUGUUUUUAUUUUUAUGAUUUUAUUGCAGUAAAAGUUAUUUUUCCAGUAAAUCUCACCUGCGUUUCUAUACCUGACAGACUUCUAGUUGUGUUUGGUCAGAUCCUGUUUCUCUUUUUUUCUCUAACUGUGUUUUCCUUUUAGAUAUUAUAUGUAUGCAUUAUUUUCUAAUUAUUUUUGCCUUUUGGUAAUCUUUAAUAAAAACAAAAAUGAGAAAAUAAACUUAAAUUUAUUUGUGA